GAGCCUCGUGGUAAAGACUCACUUUCCCAUGUUGCAACGUGGCCCCCCUCCCAUCUGGCGCCUUCCCUCUUGUCUCUCAGCGAACUGCUAGCCCUCGGUGUGUGUGUGUUGUUGUUGAAGCAAUGAUGGCGGCAGCGGGAUGCGGAUCAGCAACCGCGGCUGCCGUAGGAGGCCAAGGUGGCACCGCUACGGCCAGAGGCCGUUUCCCCGGUCGGCCCUGGUCGUCACGCAGUCGUUUGCGCUCUGAGAAGCGAUGGCAACUCGGACGUUCAGGCUUAGAAGCCGAUGAUGUGACUAGCGGAGGGCCAAGGCCCGCAAACCUGGUUCUGUCGUUAAACGAAGACCAGUCUCACUUGCGUUUACUUGGAAUAGAGGCGAGUCACAAGGUCCUUGGGCAAGCUGGAUACAGCUCUAGUGGGAGUGAAGAGGUGAGGUGCCAAACCGAACCAGGAGGAGAUGACUUCAGAGGGUUUGAAGCUGAGAGACGAGGUCCCAGAGGGACGGGCCGACAAAAUCCUUCAAAAGGUGAUGCUGGCAACACAAAAUCUAAACAACAGCAACGUGAGAAGCUACCAUCUAACAUGCCAUCAGUGGAGGCAGUUACUUCCCCACCUGAUCCUGUCGAAGAUGUUAAGGCUUCAGAGGAAGAUGGUUUAUCUUCUGAAGCACAGCCUGCAAAGGAUGGCAAGAAAGGUUCAACAAAAAGGAAGACUAUGGAUCGACGGUCCAGUAAAAGCAGAGCCUCAUCAGCAGCACCAAGGAUUACUAUAAAGUUGGUGGCCAAAAAGAAAACUGUAAAGGAACGACAUGAAACAUCGACAAAGAAAAAGAAGUCCCAGGAUAUUCAGGCCAACCAGAUUUCAAGUGCUCAUGUGAAAUUAAAAGCGGAAUUACCUGAGGGUGAUCUUGGCACAGAAGAUAGUGUGGAUGGGACACUUCCUGUAAGGAGGCGUGGGAGAUCAGCUUCAAAGGUUACAGAGACUGUCUGCCAGCCAAGCCCAAAAGCUUUGGUCAAUGACCAAAAACUGAAAGAUGGCAAGCCAACUGAUCCAUGUGUCACUGCCAUUGAAGGUCAGACGAAAGAGCCAAAAAUAAAUGCAAAAAAGUUAAAGCACAGGGAUGUUUUAAUAGAGCAAAUUUCAGAAGUAAAUCAGCGCGCAGUUCGCAGGAGCAGUAGAGUGUCUAACCCACUCUCCAACAGUGUAACAGACUGUCUGCAUGCAGCAGAAAGUCAGAGCAAAAAUGCUACUGUUCCUGUGGAGUCGAAAACAGUUCCUACAACUGUGGAGUUUAAACAAGUGCAGAGAAGGACCAGACAAAGGCAAAGCAAGCGGUUAAAUAAGGAGGUUGCCGUCUCAGAAAACUACACUCCUUCAUCCACAGACACUUCUUCUGUAAAAGAUGAAAUGAGGAUCCCAAGUUUAAAGCUAAUACGGGUCAGAAACCCAAAAUAUGAUGCACAAGCAAGUGGGAAGGAUUCAGCUCGGAAGAAAAAGCGUAAAAAAUUUAUAUGGACUUUAACAUUGGUGAAAGAAGAAGUUCAAAAACUUAGUGUUGAAAACACUGAGAAGGUUGCAGAAGAAACUGUGACCGAAGUGGAUCAGUCCACUUUAUCUAAUGCAGGUAUUGCUGAAAUAGUAGGCGAAGUGGAUAAAAUACUACAAACCCCUUCUCCACCAGAAAGUAAACCCCAAAAUAAAGGCGAUGUGUUAGUCGAAGAAAAGUCCAUCCCGUUAUUGGAAGUAUCAGAGGACCCUGCAACUGAAGUUUCUCCUGUUGAAAUACAAAAAGCAGAUUGUGGGAAGGUUCCACCUCUUCAGAUUAAAAAGGUCUCCUCCCCGAGUAAGCGUAAAAAAAGCUCCAAGCCUUCAUUCUUAAUUCAACAAGUUGUUCCUGUACAUGAAAAGGAGGAUGUUCUCAAAGAUCCAAGUGAAACUCAUGAGGAUAAUUCAACAGGUCUGGAUACUGUAGUUGCACCAACUAGGAGGCUACGGAGGAGGGCACCAACUCUUGACUCCAGACAAACCAAAUCUCUCAGUCAUAAACCAGUGCCCACUCAGAAAAGAAGACUGAGAAAAAGUCCGCAGGAAAGAGCUGCGCAGCAGGUGCUUGUUAACGACCCUCAUCAGGUUUCAAGUGAUGAUUUGAUUCCACAAGUUCUUCCUGAAAACUCUGGUCCAGUUUUGCCUGCGGAGCCUUCACCAGUGACAAAUACUGUCGCCACUGAUGUUCUUGAGAGAAACUCUUUAAGAACAGAUGACCCAUCACAUCUGCCGGGAGAAAUCUCUCCAUGUAAGGUGGAGAUGGAGAAAAAAGAAGAAACACAACAUAAAGAGGCCAAAGACUUGUCAUUGGUGGAGAACAAGGUGGAAAUGCAGAAGGAAGAGGCCAAAACAUUGACAGUGUUGGAGAAAGACGUCGAAACACAGAACCAAGAGGCCACCUCUUCUCCUGUGGUGGAGAAAGUAGCAGGUGCAGAGAUUGAAGAGGCCACUCCAUCGCCUGUAGUGGAGGAAAAGCUGGAUACACAGAAUCAGGAGGACAACCCAUUGCCUGCGAUGGAGCAUAGAGUGGAACCACAGCAUGAAGAUGCCAAAACAUUGCCUGCAUUGGAGGAAGAGGCCAAAACAUUGGCCGUGGCUUCCAAACCCAAAAGGUCUAGAAACAGUAAAGUAGGUAAAAAGAAAUCUACUCAAAAGAAGAAAGCUGUGGUCCCCUCUGACACCACUGUCCACACUGAGGAGGCUGCAGCUGAACCAGUCAACACAGAGUCUGCACUAAAGACAGACACUCUGCCUGUACAAGCAGUCGUAGGUCUGUCAGAGGAGGUUGAGUCUGAGGCACAACAGAAGCUUGCAUUAGAGCCAGAUGAGCAGAUACAGCCACUGGUUAAAGAGGAAACAAACAUCCAGCUAAUAGAUGGUGGACAACUGUUUGUAUGUGAAAGUGAAGCAAGUCAACCACAAACUUUGUGCCUUCAAAGAAAACCACUAAAAAAAGCAAAAAAGAGACGUAAGAGUUUGAUUGGGCAGCGACAGAAGCACAGGUACAGAAAUAGAGAAGGGAAGUUUGCUCCACUUGAGUUGUCUGAUGCUGAGAAAGUUGUUGAAGGGGAGAGUGACAUUUCCAAAUCAUUGGAAGAUACCACUCUCUCUUUGAGCUCUAAGCUCGUUGGGGUGCAGAAAAGGUACAAAAAGACGGAGUCAGGCCUUCAGAUUUUGGGGUCGAAGAGUCCAGAACCACAGGCUAAAAUUAUUUCAACACUUCUAGAAAUGGGCCUUGAAAAGGAUAAUUUAAAACAGGAAGAAACAGACACGUUGGUCGACGGGGGCCAGACUGACAUUGUAGAAACCCAGCCUAGUAAAUCAAAGUUUAUGAAAAACAUCAAGCACUUCAUAAUGCCCGUUGUUAGUGCCAGAUCCUCCAGAGUGAUAAAGACACCACAAAGAUUUAUGGACGAUGCUGGAAUGUCGGUUCUGCCUCGAAGAAACUCUCCAAAGAAGGGCGUACAGCUGGGUGUGCCAGUACGUUCAGCUAAGAGACGGGAUGAUGUGAUGAGCAGGCCGAUUUCACCCUUCCUUCCAGUUGAGGAUGAGGACUUAUUAAGCGAAGCUCACCUGGAUGUUGAUCUGUUUUCAGCUCAGGACUUGGAGGACAACUUGGACAUAGCCGAGAGCCUGUUCUCAGAGAAAAAACGCACCAAGGGUGAAAAAAGUCGCUCUCUUUUUAAGAACUCCAGUUUCAAGUGGCACAUGCCAGAAGAGUCUAACGAGGACGAGUAUACACUGGACAAAGCUCUGGAAGAGAAAUGUGAGGGUCUGUUCUUAUCCUCACCCACGGAUAAGCCAACAGAAGUAACUGCUGGCCUUGUAGGUGCACAGAAAACGAAAAGUUCUCCUAAAUUUGCUAAACAAUCGGCUCCCAUGAAGAUCUUUCAAAAGCUAAACAAAGUGCACACAGUGUUCUCUAAAAGCAAAAGUUCGGCCGAAGUUUUGGAUUCUGCAACUAAACCUCCACAGUUUUCUGUUGACCUAGCAGAAGGUCUCGAUGACGAGGCCAUAAGCAUCAGCCUCAGACAACGAAAUACAUCGUCCGAGAAGGAGAAAUCAAAGCUCAAGAUCGAAGACCUUGGCACUCCUGGAGUAGUGAGAAAAGUUUGUAUCAAGGCCGCGAACUUCAAGUCCUUUCUUUUUCAGCAGACGUCAGAUGAGAACCAAGCCAGGAGACACAGCGUCAAACCUCUCUCAGGUGAGCAGCGGUCGGAAAAGAACGCUGACACAGUUAGUGGAGACUGUCCUGGGUCUGUGGAGAAAGGUCCCUCACAAAGAGCACGUCUGACUGGAGCAAACAAGCGAAUGUUCAAUCUCCUCAGGAAAGCAAAGGUCCAGCUCAUAAAAAUUGAUCAACAGAAGCAGCUCAAGUCAUCCAGGCUGUUAUCUGGACCCAGUGGCGCCAGGGCUCGUGAUAUGACCUCCAAGAGAGAGAAGAGGAAGAAGAGGAUGCAGCCUCUACCUGUUGUUCCAGUCAAGACUGAGCCACCACAAGUACAACCCCAGGUCAUCUCCCCACUUUGCCAGGAGUUCCGUAGAGCUGGAGGACCUAGAAUCAAGCAUGUGUGCCGUGCUGCUUCUGUGGUGCUGGGACAGCCUCGGGCCUUGGUUCCCGAUGACAUUCCCAGACUCAGCGCGUUACCUCUCCAUGAGAGAAGUGGCAUUUCCCCAUCUGCUGUCACUAAAGAUGUUGGAUCCCCAUCAGAAUCAGACAGCCCAGAAUUGUCUGAUGCAAAGGUCACCAAGGUCAAGAAACCCUCAAGUUUUGCAAAGCGGAAGGGACUGGGACCCUUUGGGUAUCGUUCUCGGAGAUGUGGAGUGUGCAAAGGCUGUAAUCACGAGGAGGAUUGUGGCAAGUGCAUAAACUGCCUGGACAAACCAAAGUUUGGUGGACCUAAUACCAAGAGGCAGUGUUGUGUCUAUAAGAGAUGUGAUCAAAUUGAGGAGAGGAAAGCACGACGGCUGAGUGGAAGAGCAGCUCCCAAAGGUUCAUCCAAGAGGCGGCGGUCGCCUUUUAUCGGGGGUUAUUCGAGUAAUGAAGAAGGAAACGAGUGUGCCGCAGACUCGCCCUCUGGUCUUCAGGGUGAAGGCAGCAGUCCCUCAGUUAGGAAACAACCAAAGCGUGUCGUGAAACCUCGUGUCUACUUUGACCUGGUGGACUAUGACUCGGAGGACGAUGACAAAGCUGCCUCCAGCUCUGCAUCACCAGCCAGGAGAAGAGGUGCUGGACACCGCUUCAGUCAGGACUUUGUGUCUCUGGAUGGAUUCUUGGGAGACAUUUCAGAUGAAGAAAUACGUCAUCGAAAGUCCAGUUCACACCGUGUACAGCCUGUGCGCCGCAAACCAGAGAAGGGUCAGACAUCUCAGGGACCGUUGGAACAGACUCCUCCCAGUGUGCUGGCAGCAUUGGCCCAUGGUUUUGAACAGAGAGAAGUUGAAUCUUCUAAACCUACUCACAAAAUCAGGGUUGACUUCAAAGAGGACUGUGCGUUGGAGAAUGUCUGGAACAUGGGUGGUUUGAGCGUCCUGAGCUCUGCACCAGUCAUGCCACCCUACGUCUGCUUCCUUUGUGCCAGUAAAGGCCAACAUGAGAUGCUGUAUUGCCAAGUAUGCUGUGAGCCCUUCCACCAGUUUUGCCUUGAAGCAUCAGAGCGCCCCUCAGAGGAAAACAAAGAAAACUGGUGCUGUCGUCGCUGCAAGUUCUGCCACGUGUGUGGCAGGAGAAACAAACUUUCAAAGCCUUUGUUGGAGUGUGAACAAUGCCAGAACUGUUAUCAUGCUUCCUGUCUGGGACUCAACUAUCCAAAGCAAAACAAGAAAAGAAAAGCUUGGGUGUGUAUGACAUGUAUCAGGUGUAAAAGUUGUGGCGUCACACCAGGGAAGAGUUGGGACACCGACUGGAACCACGACAAAGGCCUCUGUCCAGACUGUUCCAAACUUUACGACCAGGGUAACUACUGUCCCAUUUGCUUCAAGUGCUAUGAAGACAAUGACUAUGACAGUCAGAUGAUGCAGUGUGGAACCUGUAACCACUGGGUACAUGCCAAAUGUGAGGAUCUCACAGACGAGCUCUACGAGAUCCUGUCCAGCCUGCCAGAGAGCGUGGUGUACUCGUGCCGACCCUGCAGUGUGACCCAGCCCAGUGCCUGGAGGGAGCUGCUGUACAUCGAGCUCAGGUCUGGGGUGGAGAAGGUGUUGGCGUGCCUGCUUUCCUCCACCCUAACUCAACACCUUGUUACUUGCUCACAGUGUGAAAAGUUAACUGAUUCUGACAGUGGAAGAGAAGGACAGCCAGCCUGUGAUCUUCGAGCUGUUGGCAAGAAGUUUGACAAAGGCCUUUACACCUCACUGAAAAUGUUCCAUGAAGAUGUUGUGCAGGUGGUACGGAACAAGCUGGAGCAAGAAGACGAACUUCCAGAGGAGCAGAGACCCACUGCCCUGGCACGCUCUUACUACCUUAAGCUCCUUGAAGAGGUGUUUAACUGGUUUAACAGUCAAGAUCCGAAGGUGUGGAACCCUUGUACCAAAGAUUUGCCCAUGGGGAUGCUCUCUCAUGCCGUCCAGCCUCCAACCACGGAGCACGUGUAUGCUCAGUGGAAGGAGAGGGGGGAGCUUCCAUCAAGGGCUCCACUGGGGCUGCUGCAGGAGGACAACAGAGAGGGCUCAGAUGUUAAAGAAGAGGAAGCUCUUUCUCCAAUGUCUGGGGAGCUAAUGAGCAGGAAUCACUUCAAAACCAGCAGAGCGGUCAGACUUAAAUUCAAAGGUAAAAGAGGCCGGCUCUCAAAGGCUGACCUGGAUACAGGAUGGUCAACAGAAGAUGAGAGACAGUGCUCGUUGUGUCAAAAAUAUGGAGACCUUAAACCUAAUGAAGCAGGAAGGUUGCUGUUCCUGGGCCAGAAUGAGUGGGCACACGUCAACUGUUGUCUGUGGUCCGCAGAGGUGUUUGAAGAGGAUAAUGGCUCGUUGUUACAUGUGCACAGUGCUGUCACAAGAGGGCGCUUAAUGAGAUGUGAACGUUGCAACCAGACAGGUGCCACAGUGGGCUGCUGCCUGACAUCCUGUCAAAGCAACUACCACUUCAUGUGUGCCCGCUCCCGUCACUGUGUGUUCCAGGAUGACAAAAAGGUUUACUGCCACAAACACCGGCAUCUCAUCAGCGGCAGGAUGGUGACUGGUCAAGAAUUUGAGGUUAAUCGCAGGGUGUAUGUGGACUUUGAAGGGAUCAGCCUCCGCAGGAAGUUCCUGACAGGGUUAGAACCAGAAGUGAUCAAUGUCAUGAUUGGUUCCUUACAGAUAGAGAAGCUGGGUGUUCUGACAGAACUUUCUGCUAACAGAGGGAAACUGUGUCCUGUGGGGUUUCAGUCUUCCCGGUGGUACUGGAGUACAGUCAAUCCUCUGCGUCGCUGCAAGUAUACAUGUACAAUCCGGGAGGUCCGACCCAUUGUCCCCGAGAAGCCUGUUGAGGACCUGCCAAAUCAAGGCCACAAUCACACAAUAUCCCACAGUCCACGUCCACUUCCCGUGUCUGACGUCGCAGAAGCUCCUCUGACAGACCCUCAGCCACUAUCAGAGGAAAGCCUCGUCCUCGGACCACCCCUCAGGGCAGAGAGCAGUGCACGACCUAAACUUCCCAGCAAAUCCCAAACCAGGAGACCAGCUGGGGGACUGUCCCGACCUCUGCCAUCUCCAGGAACAGCUGGGUUAAAACCCCACCACAUAUUAACCAUUAGUGACUUUGAGGAGACUCGAAGAUCUCAUCAUCACGGCUCACAUUCACACACAACAGGCCCUCGCAGUCACAUGCCCCCUCCUUUGGGACCUCUGACUGGACCCGUCUCCCUUCGUACCGGAAAGUCCUCCCUGCCCGCCUCCCCACUGUUUCCCCUGCCUCCAGACAACCUGUUAAGUUCCCCUUCAUCACGUCCUGGUGGAGGCAGGAGUGCUUCCUCCAUCCGAUCCACUGGGAAUACCUCAGCAUUUUUCCCUCAGUCGUCCUGGCAGGACAGUGCAGGAAACUUUCCUCCGCCAAGUCUGUCUUUUUCUUCCUCCAUCCAUUUGCCCAGACCUCGGCUAUCGUUUGAUCUCAGUCAGUCUGACUCAGUGGAGGUGCCGCACAACUUUUUGGCUUCACCAGAGCCUGAAGAUGUGUCUCCAGCAAAUGGUACUUCACCACUCAGAGACCUAGAUCCACAGAGGGAUGUGAAGGAUUUUUCCUACAGUUCAUUCCACAAGGAUUCCACCUUGAACCUGGGUCAAGAGAUGAGGACAGAACUAGAGAUUGAAGAAACGCUGUUGAAUGAAGGCGUGGCCAUGAACUGUGAGGGCCAGAUAGUAGUGGAAGGUGAGGACCAGGAGGAAUUUUGGGAAGCAGCCAAAGACCAGCACAAGAAGAAAAAGAAGAAGACCCUUGUUGCCAGUCUGCCCCGAUCUGCAGCCGCAGCCAGGAAGGACAUUGGAAACACAUCCUCCUCUGACGAAGACAUGGAGCAUUACUUUGACUUCUCACGGACAAUAGUCAGUCAUUCCAGAUCUAAAGAUCUUGCCAAAUGUCCCUCUCCUCCUUCCUCUCGAACUCUGGCUCAGCUUGAUGGCGUUGAUGAUGGCACAGAGAGCGAUGCAAGUAUAGUGACAAAUGACGACGCCCAGAAAGUGGCCCAGAAUGCCAAAAAUCCUAAAAACAAAAAAUUCACUGGAUUCCAAACUGCAAAUUGCACAAAUGCUGUCCAUAGUCCUGUCCCGGAGGCGUCGUCGAGUGAUAAGCACAAAGAUUCUAAUCCCUACGGUGCCAGAGAAGAUUCAAAAAAAGAUCUGUUAAGUGUGGAUAACAAGGGAUUUGUUUCCUCACAGUUUUCUGCAGACCAAAGCUCUUGUGUAAAUCUGCCAACAAUCCCCCCUACUCCAGUCGACCCAUCACCAGCGAACACUGCUGGCAAUAGCAAGGGUGUCUUGCAGGAUCUUCUCAAGCCUCCGUCAAUUUCUACAGAAGUACAGGCGCCCUCUCAUGGACUGAUGGAUUCUAUGCAGAUGUUCAGUCAGUCAUCUUUGACUAGCAUUACCCUUCAGCCAGUAACAUGCUCACAAGAGUGUGCAACAUUUUCAUCACCAUCCACUAAGCUCACCACCCUGACCCCAGUGGGUGACCUGACGCAACCUCUAUCAAACGUCUUCCUUCAAAAUGAUCCAGUGCUGUCAGCCUCUUCAGGCACACUUCCCUCAGUAGAAACUGUUCCUGGAACCAUUUACUCCUCAGACGCUCAGGCACUGGUGUCCACAGCCGUCCCCAUUGUCUCUUCCUCUGCAUCACUGUCUGAGCUGUCAACACCCACAGCUGCACCACCAGCAGUUCAAACCACCACCACCCCUGUUAUUCUAAAUGGAUACAGCUCUUCCUCAGUGCAGAAGGACACUGCCUCUGGACACACGAUCUCCAUCAACUUCUCCACGCCCAGACCAGCUCUGGAGCCGCAGCUGCUUGCUCCCCAGGCUUUAUCCGGUCACGCCAUUCUUACUGUCAAAGAGGUGGGCGGCCCAAACGUCGAUCCUACUCCUCACGUUCUGCUUGUGAACCGCCUCGGGCAGAUCUUUGUUAAAAACCCAGAGAGCAACACUUUCCAACUGCCCACCCCCAACUCCUCGUCCUACAACUGCGUCACUCAGAUCGCAAGCCUUUUACAGAGUAAUGCACUGUCAGCCACACUGGCAGCAGCAGGCAACAUGAGUGUGCAAACCCCCGUGGCAAACGUGGUGCAGGGAGCAGCUCCGCCAGUUGCACCUGUCGAGCAGAACCCCACCACUAUUAUGCAGCUCCUCACUCAUAACAGCAACGGUGCCGUGGCCUCUGUAAAUGUGAAGAAGCCGAAGAAGAAUACAAAAGCUUCAAAAGAUGAGACUGCACUAGAAUUAAAAAAGCCAAAAAAGAAGAAGGAGUCCAGUGCACCCAAAAAAUCCAAGUCAUCCAAGGCCGCAGGCUCGGCUGCCGUGUCCACCCCGAAACCACCUGUGACUCCGGCAGAGAGCGCUCAAGCCAUUAUUUACCAGGCCAUGGCGAGCAACUACACCCCGAAGUACAGUGGCAUUCGCUCGCUCAGCCCUUCGUCUCUCGUUUUGCCACCUGGCUUGUUAAUUGAACCUGAAGAGCUGGAGAAUCUGAAGUGUCCUCGUUCUCCUUCACCACCACCACCACCAGCCCCACCACCAGCACUGCCUGCACCAUCUGUGUCUGCACCCCGGCCUCGCACCCAUGUUCGCAUGAAGAGAGUGUCUUCUCUCUCAGACCGUAUUGUCACGAAGAAAUCUAAAGUUGACUUUUUGAAACCAGAGCCUAUCCACGAGCAAGAGGAGCAGCAGCAGCCGGCACCGGCACCGGCACCACCGCAGCGGCACAAGGUCACCCCGCAGAGUGUGUCCAGCAGAGCUUCAGGAGUCAGGAUCAAGACUCCGACAGUGAAAGGAAUCCUGAACCUGGAUGAGGUGAAGGAGGAGCACAUGAGUGAUUCAGACAGCACAGGGUCCAACUCUUUAGAGUUCAUGUCUCGGGUGGAUCAAGGUAAACAGGUCGUGCGUGAACCAGUGGGACACAACAAUCUGACCGACUGGAGGAAGUAUUCUGGUGCCGCUUCUGCUUCAGAUGAGGAGCCACCGAUUUCUGAUGAGGAUGAGGAAUUUCCCACCAACAAAGAGCAGCCGCACUUACGUUUUGAAAUAACCAGUGAUGAUGGUUUCAGCGUUGAGGCAGACAGUAUUGAGGUGGCUUGGAAGGCAGUGAUCGACGGCGUUCAGGAAGCACGUGCCAUCACGAGACUGAGACCGCUCACCUUCCAGAAGAUCACUGGUGCCCUGAUGUUCGGUCUCCUCCACGAUACGGUGGUGUUCUUACUGGAGCAGCUGGAAGGAGCUCCCCGUUGUCAACGCCACAAAUUCCGUUUCUUCAAACAGUUCAGCCAAGAAGAUGAUCUUCCUGUUAAUCCCAGUGGCUGUGCCCGCUCCGAAAUCCAUCUGAGGAAAUCCACCUUUGACAUGUUCAACUUCCUGGCCUCUCAGCACAGACAGCUCCCUGACAUUGGGCCUUAUGAUGAUGAGGAGGAUGAGAUUCUGCUGAAGUCCACACGGCGGGCUACUAGUUUGGAGCUGCCCAUGGCCAUGCGCUUCAGACACCUGGAACGAACAUCCAAGGAGGCUGUAGGCGUCUACAGGUCUGCAAUUCACGGCCGUGGUCUGUUCUGCAAGAGGAACAUCGAAGCAGGAGAGAUGGUGAUCGAAUACGCAGGCAUCGUCAUCCGCUCAGUUCUCACUGACAAACGGGAGAAGUACUAUGAUGGAAAGGGCAUUGGCUGCUACAUGUUCCGCAUCGAUGACUUUGACGUGGUGGAUGCCACCAUGCACGGCAACGCGGCCAGGUUCAUCAACCACUCCUGCGAACCCAACUGUUACUCACGAGUGAUCAACGUGGAGGGGCGAAAGCACAUCGUCAUCUUUGCUCUGAGGAAGAUCUACCGAGGGGAGGAGCUCACCUACGACUACAAGUUCCCCAUCGAGGACGCCAGCAACAAGCUGGGCUGCAACUGUGGAGCCAGGAGGUGUCGGCGUUUCCUCAACUGAAAGAUUCUUGGAACAUCCUGUAAGUUCGACUUAAAUGAAGAGUGUUUGAAUCUAAAUGGAAAAAUUUACCACCCCCAUACCACAGGUUUAGUGGAAGAAAUGUGUGGACUAUUUAUUGGUUUAAACCACCGGAGGGGAAUCUUCACAUAUAACUCAUUAGCUUCUAAAAAGUGUGUGUGGUCAAGGUUCUUCUGUGUUUUCCUAUGUGUCAACAUUAGUAAAAGUUACAGAGAGAGGAAAAACAGGAUUUUUUUUUAACACCAGUUUCUUCCAUUUGAGUGAGGCUCCUGGAGCCAUGUUUUGACACCAAGACAUGUUCUCUGAUACACACAUCAAGCCUUAUGUUUGAAUCACAUGAGAAAAAAACAAAAUCAGCAACAACAACCCGCGAUUGGCGUUUGUGAGACUCCUGCGAUGUUUAAUCCAUUUCAUCAGGGGGAGGUGUCCUGUCUGCAGCGCACUUGUUAUCGCGGUCGCUCCAUCAUGCAGUGACGUCACCGUCUGUACACUCAUAACACUUAACCGUAUCUUGAUAAUUUUUCUCUCUCUUUUCAGAUGACAUUUAACAGUUUUUCAACAAAGUCUGAAAUUUCUUUCUUCUUCUCAUUAUAAUUAACAGACCAUUCUUUGUCGUUAAUAACUAAACUACCAUGGUGCUAAGAUGUGUCUCUGCGAGGUUCAACUCUUAUAUUUCACAUUUAAGUCAAUCGUGUUUUUUCAAGAAUUAGAUCACCUAAAAGUGUGUGUGUGUGUGUGUGUGUGUGCUUGCCUGUACGUGUGUGUGUCUAUAUAAGGUGUAUGUAGCAAACACUACCCAAGCCAAAAGCUAAGAGUCGUGGUGAGUCUAUAUAUGUAUAUUUACACCGCUGAUGUUUAGUAUCUACUGCAAUAAGACUUUGUUUCCCUAUAAAUGCAAAAACAUCCAUAAAACCCACCAUUUUCUUCUCCCCUCAUCUGAACCAGUAGCCACCGAUUAUCUCUUAACCAGGGAGGUCAUCCAUCGUCAGACAUCACACCACUGAGCCUCUGGGCUCACUCCAGCGUCAGGUCCGUGGAGGCCAGAGCUCGGAUUUUGUUUACGUUGCCGUAGCAACGUACCAGGAAGUGUUGAAAGGAGCUGAGAGAAAUAAACACACGGCACCUUUAAAAUGACGUUUUACCUUGUUCUUAGUUGAUGUACAGUGCCGUUGUUGUUGAGGCUGUUUUGAAAUCACACACUGUUGAUAUUUAUUCAUCCUUUGAUUUUUUUUGUUUUUAAUGUUUAACGGUUGUGCAUUGUAUAAACGGUGGUGGUCUUAGUGUAUUUGAUCUCCCAGCUUUGUGUCCUUUUUUUAUUUUAUUGUUUACAAAUAUGUCCUUUGUUUCACUAAUUUACUUGAAGUUUUUUUUUUUUUCGUGUUGAGCAGUUGUGUCACGCAUUUAUAAGCCUUUAUGACAAAUUGUUCUACAGCAGGUAUUUUAAAUGAUUGCUCUUUUUAUUCGCUUCAUUUUUUUUAAUCUUAUUUUGGGUUCAGUUUGAUUACUGGUUUUCUUGGAAUCAGUCACACGAGUAAAAAUUGAGCACUGUUUGCCUUCCUAAGCCCUAAUCUUUAAUUUUUUUUUUUUUUUUACUCUGAUCUCUGCUGAUCUGUUAGAGCGAUAAUGUACCAUAAUGUUUUUUCUUUCUUUUCAUCUUUACCCCAUUACCUUUUUGCUUGUCCAAUCACUGGGAUGGAGCCCAGAUUAACAUGUGUCAAUCACCUUGCUGAAAAAUAACAGCAGUCACUCCGACUCCCUGCAAGGAUUCUACCUCAGCUGUUGAGACAGGUGUUUGGGAAAACUGAUGCAAAAGAGAGGAUGAUAAUUUGAGUGUAGCUUGGUUUAAUGUCCUGUGCUUUGUAUGCCUGUGUGUGUGUGUGUUUGUGAGUGUUUCUGAAGCGAAGGAUGCAAAAGUCCAAACCUUAAGUUAUCAUCACCAACUCUCCCAGAAUCUGUUAAGAUAGCUGUAUGUUAUAUAUAUAUAUAUAUACACACACACACACACACGAAUAAAUAAAUAAAUAAUAAAUAUAUAUAGUAGGGUUAUUUUAAAGUAAAUGUAAAACAUAAAAAAGAGAAGAUAUGUGAUCUUUAAUUCUACGUCUUUGUUACUAUGUACAAAUGAACCCUAAGUUUGUAAAUAUUUGUAUACAUAUUUCUAAACCUGUUUAAUUUUUCUAUGCACUUUUUUAUUUAUAAUGUUAUUUGCCUAAUAAAGAUGUCAGGAUGUUUGAACAAA